CUCCAGCCUGGGCGAUAGAGCAAGACUCCGUCUCAAAAAAAAAAAAAGAAAUAGUUUCACUUAUGUUGUAAUUUUGACAUGGUUUGUUAUAGGAUGUGAAGAUGUUAACACCACCACCCAGCUUAAUUUUGGCAUCUAAGACCCGAAAGGGUUGUGUCUAUCAGCUGCACCCCUAGGUAGCCACAUAACCUCGGGAAGGCCUCCGCCCCACUCCUCAUACAGCAGGUAUGAGAACAGCACUGCCUGUUGGGAAGCUUGACGGAGGCUAUGGAGGUGCAGUGCUUAGCAGUGGGUCUCGUCCGGGAAGGUACCAGCAAAUGUGAGAUACUUUUAUGAUUUUAUUUUAUCCAAAAGAACGGGAAUGAAAGGAGAGAGGAGGAAACAAGACUAAUCAGGAGACAUGAAGGUGUAGUGGUAAGGGGAGGAGUAAACAGGAAUAAAGGCAGCGUGGAGCAGCUGAGUGGGGAGAUGGCUUUCACCACUUCCCAGCAUCUAUUGCAGUUUCCACCCUCAAACAUUUUGUAAGGACCGUUUAUUCAAGGUAAUGUUUGAACCCUGCUGAACCAGUGGCGUGGGUCUCUGAGAGAAUAAUUAAUUAACUUGACCGUCUGGUUUGUGGAUGCGUUUAUUCUCAUGUAAAUCAACAACAUCCUGGGAUUGGGACACACUUUCUGGGCACUGCUGGCCAGUCCCAAAAUGGAACAUAAGGAAGUGAUUCUUCUACUUCUUUUAUUUUUGAAAUCAGGUCAGGAAGAGCCUCUGGGUGACUAUGUGAAUACCCAGGGGGCUUCAGUGUUCGGUAUCACUGAGCAGCAGCUGGGGGCAGGAAGCAUAGAAGAAUGUGCAGCAAAAUGUGAGGAGGAGGAAGAAUUCACCUGCCGGUCAUUUCAAUAUCAGAAUGAAGAGCAAUAAUGUGUGAUAAUGGCUGAAAGCAGGAAGUCCUCCACAGUCAUGAGGAUGAGAGCACCGUCGGAGCAACGUCCUGGGGUCCAGGACUGCUACCAUGGUGAUGGACAGAGUUACUGA